CUCCUUUUCUCCCUACACAACCAGAAUGGAGGGUCUAACCUAUACCCUGUUACUUGCUAUUCUCUUUCUUCUGCUGGCCUCCUUCAGCCCCAGUGAUGCCCAGGAGGACGGCAUUGACAUCUACAGUCUCACCAUCGACUCCAGGAUCACAUCACGAUUUGCCCACACCACCAUCACCAGCCAUGUGGUCAAUAAGGCUGACCGAGCCCAAGAAGCCACCUUCCAGGUGGAGAUGCCCCAGACAGCCUUCAUCACCAACUUCUCCAUGAUCAUCGAUGGUGUGACAUACCCAGGGGAGCUGAAGGGGAAGACAGCUCCCCAGGAGAAGUAUCUCUUAGCUCUGGCCAAGGGACAGCAUGUUCAAAUCCUCAAGUCCACAGGGAGGAAUCUGGAGCAGUUUCAGGUGUCUGUUAAUGUGGCCCCAACUGCCAAUGCCACCUUUGAACUUGUCUAUGAGGAACUGUUGAAGCGGCAGCUGGGGAAAUAUGAGCUAAUGCUGAAGGUCCAGCCCCAACAACUAGUCAAACAUCUGCAGAUAGAUGUCCAUAUCUUUGAACCUCAGGGUAUCAGCUCCCUGGACACCGAUAUCUCCUUUAUGACCAAGGAUCUGGAAGAUGCUCUCACUACAACACAGAACAAGACCAAGGCUCACAUUGUGUUCAAGCCAUCUCUGGCCCAGCAGCAGGAGGAGCCAGGGAAGCCGGACACGAUUCUGGAUGGUAACUUCAUCGUCCGUUAUGAUGUGGACCGAACCAGUGCUGCAGGGGACAUCCAGAUCGAGAAUGGAUACUUCGUGCAUCAUUUUGCCCCAGCACACCUGUCUACACUGCCCAAGAACGUGGUCUUUGUGAUCGACAAGAGUGGAUCCAUGGCUGGCAGGAAAAUUAAGAAGACCAGGGCAGCCCUAGCAAAGAUCUUGGAUGAUCUCAACCCAGAGGAUCACUUCAACUUGGUUGCCUUCAGUGGACGAAUGAUCCAAUGGAAGCCAAUGCUGCUUCAAGCCUCGAAAGAACACCUGGAAUCAGCCAAGACAUUUCUCUCUAAUAUCCCAGCUCUGGGUGCAACUAACAUCAAUGAAGCCAUCCUGAUUGCUGUAAGGAUGCUGGAGGAGAAUGACAGGAAGCAGCAGCUGCCAGUAGGGAGUGUGUCCAUGGUCAUCCUGCUCACAGAUGGAGAUCCCACUGAGGGGGAGACAAAACUGCAGAAAAUUCAAGAGAAUGUGAAGACAUUCGUGAAUGGCCGAUACCACUUCUAUUGCCUGGGACUUGGUUUUAAUAUCAACUAUGCCUUUCUGGAGAAGCUGGCCCUGGACAAUGGCGGGGUGGCCCGGCGCAUCUAUGAUGACUCAGAUGCUGACCUGCAGCUCCAAGACUUUUACCAGGAAGUGGCCAACCCACUGCUGACCAAGGUGGAGUUCCAUUACCCAGAUGAUGCUGUGGAGCAGCUCACACAGGACAGCUUCAGGGUCUUCUUCAAAGGCUCUGAGCUAGUAGUGGCUGGGAAGCUGAGGUCCCAACUGCUAGACCUGCUGUCAGCCCAAGUUAGGGGCCAGUCGAACACCCAGGAUAUCAACUUCCAAACAGAAGUGAAUAUUAUGAACAAGGAAAAAGUCUUCCAGGACCCAAAGUACAUUUCCCACAAUUUCAUGGAGCGCCUGUGGGCAUAUUUGACUAUCCAGCAGCUGCUGGAGAAAGCUGUUUCAGCCUCGGGUCUUAAACAGAAGAGUUUGGAGGACAGAGCUCUGGACCUUUCCCUCAAUUUCAGCUUUGUCACUCCUCUUACAUAUAUGGUAGUCAAUCCACCUAAGAGCCAGGGCCAGUCCCAAUUGGCUGUGAAGCCUGUGGAAAUAGAUCACGGAAAGGUGACAAUAGAACAACCAACAAGAACAGGCAGAAUAAAAUUUCGAAGAAAGAAGAUCGUUUCCCAGGAGCCAGCUGAACUAGAGGCCGGGUUGUCUUCUCUAGAAACUGUCUUACCAGGGAUUUCAAUAUCUCCAUCCUCUGUUCCUCUGGAAAAAUCUUCGGAGUCAAUGGAAAGGGCCCCUCAUUUCAUUUUGUCACUGAUUUCGCCAGAAAACUACAAAGAGGUUUUGUGUGUGGAUAUCAAGGGAUUAUCCUUAAGGCCACUAAACCUGAUCUCUGAUCCAAUACAAGGCAUUGAGGUGACUGGCCUUUAUAAGGACUUUAUGGAUACAUUUUCCUGGUUUCAAGUAAGUUACAGAACUCUUGAAAUUCAGAUAUAUGUGACCCAGGACAACAUCAUAGUGAUUCGUGGUCAUGGUCAACAUAGAAAAAGUGACUCUUAUCAGUGGCAGAAGACAUUCUUCUUGGGGUUUCUUGGACUGAAGAUAACCAUGGAAAAUAGUGUCUUGCUCCUUACUGCCCCAGAUAAGGUCACCAUCGGUCUGGUUUCUUUGAGUCAUUUCACCCAUGGGCUCCAUCUCUUUGUGCAGAAUCCAAUUUACUUUUCUCAUAAAGUCAGUGGGAUCCUUGGUCAGUUUUACCAGAAUUUGUACUGCAGUCCCUUCCAAAAUGACAAGAUGAAGCUGAGAGUGAUGGAAAGGACAUAUACAAUCACCAGAAAGUCCAUGUUGGAUUACCAAAAUGGAGAAGAAAGCGCCUCAAUGCCAAAGUUGCUGUGCUGGUCCCUGGAACAAUCCUUAUAAGAUGGAAGAAUUUCAUAGACAAUAAAUAACAUGUAUUUCUCCCAUUCUGUUUCACAUAUCUGACCCAGGCCAGCCAGGAGCUGCUACUUGGGGCCAUGCUGGGAGAUGUUAUAAAGCAGAGGCCAUGGGUCAGUA